AUGGCGACGUUUGGCUCAUUCAGCAUGAUUCGAACAAUCAAUCAAAUCACAUAUUCUGAAUCGAAUCAAUGGGUAGACGGAACAAUCAAGAUUAUGGCAUUUGAAGAUUUGGUUUGGGGGACGUUCCAUGAAUUCGAAUAG